GCUUGUGCUUGUUGAUGGACGAAUUUUAUAACGAGAGAAAAAACUUGAAACGUUAACGUAUUUCAUAGAUAUAACUUAAGUGCAACAAAAUGGCCAAAAGGAAAAAUAAGCCAUUGAUAGAUUCGGAUUCUAGCAGUGAAUGUUCGGAUUUGGACUCUCAAUUUCUAAACCUAGCAAAGAAGAAGAAGAAACCAGAAAACUCCCCACCACAGUCAAAGCCUAAACCUCAAUCCUCGGGCAGCGAAUCUGACUGGGACAAUGAUGACGAUAAGAAGAAUGACAAAUCUUCAUCAUCGUCCGGUUCAGAAUCAAACAGCGAUGCAAGAAGUGACACGUCCAAAAAGAAAGAACCGGCAAAAACCAGUAGAAAGAGCUCUUCAGACCACUCUGAAGAGAGGAAGAAACCAGAGCCCAAGCGGAGUGAAGUUAGAAAGAGUACAGACAGUGUUGAAUCGGGCAAGAAGAAAGAUGUGUACAGUGAACCCGAAGAAGGUGAGGUGUCGUCCCAUUCAUCGGACAAUGAUUCCAUUGAUUCAGAGGAAGAAUUUGACGAUGGGUAUGACGAGAAUCUAAUGGGAGAUGAAGAGGACAGAGCGCGGCUGGCUGCCAUGUCGGAGAAGGAGAGGGAGCAGGAGAUAUUCAAACGUAUCGAGAGGAGGGACUUGAUGAAGACCAGAUGGGAGAUCGAGCGGAAACUCCGCUUAGCGAAACGCUCGGCGGCGGAGCGCGGGGCCUCCCCCGGGGAAGUGGCUCGCCGGCGCUCCGCUCGCAAGCGGCGGCGAGCGUUGCGCGAGCAGCGAGCGAAGCAAGAGCAAGCGAGGCAAGCGCAAGUGGCCCGCGAGCGUGAGGAAGAGAAGGAAAGAAAGGAGUCUGUUGUAGAGGAACCGAAAGAACCGGAAGUUGAAAACGAAAAACCGCCACAGAGUCCGGGAGAAAUUGAAGAUGAAUCUAAGGACGCUGAACGUGAAUCGGAACGUUCAGCGUCACCCUUAUUCGGGGCGAAAACGGAACGUAAACGCAACGUCGACGACCGUCGAGUAAACGCAAUGGCCGCGUUACGCGCACAGAGAGACGCGCGCGCAACACGCGUCGAAACCAAGCAAAAGAAACGUGCGCAAGAGCAGGAAAGAAAAGAAGAGGACGACGAUGCAGAUGACGAAAUUAUAGGCGGGACAAGUAAACAGAGUGUCAAGUUAAAGGCAUCAGAUAUUUAUUCAGACGACUCCGGAUCGGAAUCUGAGGACAAUAAAUCUCAAGGUCGCAGAAGUUCAUCAAGCUCUUCAUCUUCGGACGUAGAAGAAGAAGAGAAGAAGCGAGAGCGAGAAGUUGUCGAAGUCAAAUACGCGGACACUAGGGAUCAGAUCAACAAACUUAGGCUUAGCAGGUUCAAAUUGGAAAGGCUAGUGCAUUUACCUUUCUUCUCUCGGGUGGUACAAGGAUGUUAUGUUAGAAUCGGCAUAGGCAAUAACAAUGGCAAUCCAGUUUAUAGGGUAGCAGAAAUAAUAGAUGUAUAUGAAACUGCUAAAGUUUACAAUUUAGGUAACACACGGACAAACAAAGGUUUCAAAUUAAGACACGGCACGCAGGACCGAGUGUUCCGACUAGAAUUUGUCAGCAAUCAGGAGUUCACGGAUAACGAAUUUCAAAAAUGGCACCGCGCCAUCAAAGAGGCAAACAAGAAACCACCCACAAUGGAUUACGUUAGGAACAAAAUCACCGAAGUCAAAGAUGCACUUAUGUAUGAAUUUAAGGAAGAAGACAUAGAAAAAAUAGUAGCGGAGAAGGAGAGAUUCAGACCGCACCCCACCAACUACGCGAUGAAAAAGACGCAGCUGAUGAAAGAGAGAGAUGUCGCACAAUUGAGAGGUGACGAAGAAUCUGUUGCGGACUUAAAUGCGAAAUUGCAGGAGCUAGAAGAGAGGGCUAGUGCCUUGGACAAAACUAGGACUUCCUCCAUACAGAGCAUAUCAUAUAUCAACAAUAGGAACCGGAAAUUGAACGUCGAGACCGCGGAACGGGCGAUCAUGGAAGAGAUAAAAGCGAACAAAGGCAAGAAAACAGAUGACCCGUUCACGAGAAGACACACAAAACCCGUAAUGAACUUCAAGUCGCAUACUGGAGCAUCCAGGUCACAAGAAUUUCUGCUACACGAAGACUCCACCCCCGAAGAGAUUAAGUUAAGAGAAGAAGAAGAAAAGACGACCAAAGAACACCAAGAGAAAGAACGACUCACUUUACAACACCAAGAGAGUGAGUUGGAAAAGCAGAGGGAGAAGAAGAGCCUAGCGACCGACAGCAGUAGUUUAUAUUCCCUACACGACUUCGAUAUCAACAUCGACAUCGACUUACCGAUAUCGAAAUCAUCUUCCAAACAACCAACACAGAACACGACGAAAGUCAAAGAAACCGGACCUAAGAGAUCCCUCAACUUAGAAGAGUACAAGAAACGCAAAGGGUUCAUAUGAGUGCGAAUGGGACAGAUGUAUUUAAGUGUUAGUGAGAGAACGAGAAAGCCGCGUAGUUUAAACAUGUACUUAUGUACUUUUUAGUAGUACAUUUUUUUGUAAACAUGUCUUUACAUUUUGUAUAUACGCGCUAGUAAUAUUGAGUCUUAAGUCCAAAGUCUUAACUUUCUUUAUGCAAAUAGCUAUUACCACUUUUGAAUUUUCCGUAUUUUCUACUGUUGGGAAGUUAUGGUAUUGUUAGGAAUCAGGAUGAAAAUGUUUUUUAUUUUAAAUAAAGAAAUCUUAGUAAUACGAAACUAAUUUAAAUUUCACAAAAAUGUGUGUAACAACUUAAUUAUAAUGAAUGGGAAAGAAGCUCCUAACAACGUCCGUGUUCGACGCAAAUAAUGGUCACUUUCAUCGCUUGCGAGACUCUUUAUGUGGUUGGCUGACACACAUACAAGAACACACUUCUGCUGUGUGUGUUUUAGCCACCCAUACAUAAUUCCCUUAUAGUUUCAUGGAAAACUAAAGCUGUGAGGGUUCUAAACGCGCCCUGUUCUAAAAAAACCUUGUUUUCGUUAUCACCAUCUCACAAUGUCACUUUAAACUUUUCUUUACUUCUUGAUACUAUGAAUAAAAACUACCGAGUUGAUUUUGAUUUGUUUACAUUUUUUUUAUUUCACCGUAAGGUAAUGAUUUAAUAACACGCAACCGUGAAAUCGUUAUUAAAAUUUCGUAAAACACGAACGUCAUAGCAAAUUGAACCUUUUGUUAAUAGUUUUAGAGGCGGAUUUUCUGUACAGCUGUUCAUCAAAAACGUUUGCUACAGAAUCGUGGAUGAAUUUGAACUCUAAAACUAAGAGUAUAAAUUCCAUUUUCUAUCUAUAUUCAAAGCCGACUUAUUAAGUAUAGCGCUGUGCCAUUAAAGUAAAGUGGAUCUCAUUUACGACGUUUUAAAGUCGCUUAUCCUGUACAGUGACAGCCGUUAGAACCUUAUUUCGAUUGGACCGAGUUCGACUCCCGGCACGUA